GAAUGCGCAGUUUUGCUAUCGGUGCCAUAUAAUAAUAUAAUAUUAUAAUAGUAAUGAGAAUUAGCUAUAAGAAAAAGUAAAAGAGAAAAAAAAAGAAAAGAAAAGAAAAGAAAAAGAAGAGACGGCCAACCAUUUUCAGAAGGUAAAUAUCUGUCUCCGUCAAUCUCUCCGGCAAAGAAGCUCCGAAAAUGAACCCCCAAAUCUAGCCAUGCUCUCAACCUACAUUCUCCCUCAUCUUUAAUUAUUAAUGAUUUUGUACUGAACUCAACUAAGAAAAACAACUUAUUAAUGGAUCGGGCACGAACUGCAAGUCCAAGACAGUUAAGGAAAUGGAGCACCGAAUCCGGAGCUCCCACUCUUUCUACUACCGGCUCUUCAUCACCAGGACGUGUUCAUCAUCAUCACGGUCGGUCAUCCUCAGUGUCGGGGAUGUCCAACAUUAAGCGUACUCAGAAUGUUGCUGCUAAAGCUGCUGCUCAGCGUCUUGCUCAAGUCAUGGCAUCUCAAGCAGCCACUGGCAAUGAUGAUGACGAUGAUGAUGAUAAUGAUGAUGUUGGGUUCCGAUUUGCUGCUCCUAUUCCUCCAUCUUUUUCCAGGUCCAAUGGUAAUGCUAUCAAGCCUCCUGUUCAGUCUGCCAAGCUCAAUAACAGAUCAUCUUCCCCUAAGCUAGCUAGGAAUUUUGUGGAGGAGUCACCGUCUCUUCGUUCGACAUCAGCAGGAAGAUCGACUGUGCCAGCUCGUCCUCCACCAUCAAUACCAAGUGCCCGACAGCCUGUGAAGACUCCUUCACCUAUACCACCAAUCGAUCCUCCUACCGACAAGCUGAGAGAGAAAAGAUUCUCGCCAGAUUUAAGACAAGUUAACUUGAAAGAUACAGGAGAUCACCGUGCUGCUUCUGCGCUUCGUGAUGAACUUGAUAUGCUACAAGAAGAAAAUGAAAAUCUGCUUGGAAAGCUUAGAGUUGCUGAAACGGGUCACGAGGAAACAGAAGCUAGAGUGAAGGAGCUUGAGAAACAGGUUGCCGCUCUUGGAGAAGGGGUAUCUUUAGAAACAAAGUUGUUAAGCAGGAAGGAAGCCUUUUUGCGCCAAAGGGAGGCUGCACUGAAAGAUGCAAAACAAGCAAAGAAUGGGAUAGAUGUGGAACUUGCAAGCCUCCGUUCUAAUGUUCAGAAAGCAAAAGAUGAGGCAGCUGCUGCUGUAGAUCAACUUCAAGGGACUGAAUCAGAGGUUAAAUCUCUACGUUCUAUGACACAAAGGAUGAUUUUAACCCAGAAUGAGAUGGAAGAUGUUGUUCUCAAAAGAUGCUGGCUUGCACGUUAUUGGGGUUUAGCUGCUCAGUUUGGCAUUUGUGCAGAUAUUGCUACUUCAAAACAUGAGUACUGGUCAUCCUUCGCACCUCUUCCUUUUGAAUUGGUUAUCUCUGCUGGCCAAAAGGCAAAGGAAGAAUGUUUGGAAAAAGGUGAUGAAAAUCCAGAGAGAGGAAAGCUUGUUCAGGAUUUGAAUGAUCUCACUGGUGAAGGAAAUAUAGAAAGCAUGCUUUCUGUUGAAAUGGGCUUAAAUGAACUUGUUUCUUUGAAGGUUGAGGAUGCCAUAAUGCUUGCGCUGGCUCAACAACGACGUCCAAACUCUGCUCGGACAUCAAUUUCAGAAAAAACAUGAGCAAAACAGUCACUGCCUAACUGGUGCAGUUGAGAAAAAAAAAACAGAGGAGAAAAUAGAAAAAGAAAAAAACAGAGGAGAAAAAACAGGGACGCGUACAGGAAAAGAAGAAGAGAAUAGAAGAAGGAAAAAAAAAUGGAGAAGUCGCCGGAAAAAAAAAAAGAAGAACUGAAGAAGAAGCAGAAGUCGAAGACAGAGGAGGAAGAAAGAAGAAGAACUGAAGAAGAAGGAGAAACAGAGAGCGUACCUGAAAAGCUUGAAGGAGAAGAGAGGAGGAGGCAAAAAAAACCCUAGCCGCUGUUUUUCUUUUGAUAAGUUUCAUUUAAGUCUUCAACUUCUUUUAAUUGCUUUUUUUUUUAAAAAAAAAAAAAAAAACCACUAUCGCCUCGCCUUCACUGGCGCCUCACCUCGGCGCCAUUAGCGACUUUUGAAGGUGACAUCGCCACAGCCCUAAAAGGCGGCAGAGCCACGCCUCGCCAUGCCUCUCGCCUUUGGCGAGAAGGCGCUCGCCUUUCACAACACUGCUCAUGGCUCGCCCUGUGUGAGCCAAAGGCUAAAUGCCUUGGGAUGAUCACAAGUACAAAAGUCUCAUGGGGUUAAUACCCCAAUGGAUUGAGGGUUGCAUCUUUCAUGUUUUGGGUUGUUAGCACUAUACACUGUAGAACAUAGCAUCUUAACUUUUCUUUAAGUAUUUGACUUUUUUCUCUCCAUAAUUUUUUAUUUGGUGACGGUGUUUGUAAUGUAGACAUGUUAUUUCUUUUUUAUUGUUGUAAUGUACACAUGUUAUUACAGCUAGAUAAUUUUGAAUUAACUUCUACAUUUUUUUUUAUGCAAUAGACCCUUGUUGUCCGGCCCUUCCCCGGACCCCCUGCAUAGGGGGAUCUUAGUGCACCAGGCUGCCCUUAUGUAAUAUAUACUCCCUCCGUCCCAUAAUAAGUGUCACCUUAGCCAAAAACACGCACAUUAAGAAAUCAAUAAUGCAAUGUGAAGUUUACCAAAUUACCCCUAUAUAAUAAAAAUAAAUUACUUUUACCUUUUGAUUAGAGCAUGCACAAGAAGUAAACCUUUUGAUAUUGGGAAUCCAACAUUCCAAGUUACUAUGUGGCUUUUUCAAUCAUCAUUUAGAUGUUACUUUAUUGUCUAAGGGUAGAAUUGGAAAAAACUAGUCAAUUUAUGUCUUGGUUUCCUAAAGUGAAACUUAUUAUGGGACAAAAAUAUUUGACUAAAGUGAUACUUAUUAUGGGACGGAGGGAGUAUUUUUUAUACAAUUUUAAUAUGCUUUUCUUAAAAAGAUCUAUUUCUUCUCUUUAGUUUUGAAACUAUAUAAAUAAACCUCAUCACAUACUGCGCCUCAAAGGUAACACCACCUGGUCUUCUGUUCUUUCAAGACACUGUUAAUAACCGUAUAAAAUGUACUGCAGAGCUCUCAUGCAAUUAUUGACUUUACAUAGAUCGACUAAUAAGCUUUUUCUUUGCUGGUGUGCUGGUCAGUUGGAGAAGUCCAUUGUCAUAGAAGUCAAGUGGAGGAGUAAACAUAUGAGUUUAAUCGGUUGAUUACAUCAUUUAUAAAUCCAUAACACAUCUAAGUUUGCCUUCUCAAUAAGUAUCUCCUAUGUUGUGGCAUACUAAGUUGCGCGGACUCUUCAUUUUUUAUGCCGAACCCAUCGCGACACGAGACUGGGACAGGUGCGGGUGCGGGAUACGUCUCGGAUUCGGUCAACCAACUUCGGAUGCUUUGACCGGAGUCCAUGGACAAAUUUGGGGGGAAAAUUGAGAUUUUGAUUUCUCAAAGUAAAAGUAAAAGAUCAAAAAAAAAAAAAAAAAAGGGGUAAAAUAUAAAA